UGCUACUACUCUCUCACCUCUCUCAAUCUGCUGUUUAACUCUCCUUUUCCCUCACCGUCUAGAGAGAGAAAGAGUAAAGAAAACAGGAAAGUGAAAUUUCGAAAAGAAAGGGGGAAAAAAAACUUAGCCCUAAAAUUCUCUCAUCAAUGUCAGUCGCAAGAGGAAUGUUCUCUACUUAGACGAAGGAAAUGGGGAAGAGCGAGGAUGAGCAAGUUCUAUCAUCUUCCUCGCCUUCAUCCGAGGUCCCUACGAGCAAUGGCGCCAUCUCCUGCGGCCGAUGCCGCUCGAUCGCCAGAGUCUGCAGCCUGAGAUGCGUUCUAGUGCUCAUCGUCGGAGUUGCAGUGUUCCUGUCGGCGGCGGUCGAGGGCAUCGGGAUCCGGAUCCGCAGUUUCGCGGAGAAAAAUUUUCCAGCCUACAUCGUGGCGAGUUUCAGAGUGCGGAAGUCCAUCUCCUUGCUGAAUGCAAAUAUUAUGAAGCUUCAAUAUGAUAUCUUUGAAGAAAUUGGCAUUCAGAAUUCCUUGGUCACCGUUAUUUCUCUGGAACCAUUAGUUGGAUUAAACUGGACAAAUGUGGUGUUUGGAAUCUGGCCUUAUCCAAUUAAUACUGCUAUAUCUUCAACUGGGCUGAGCAUUAUCAGGGAUAACUUUAUGACCUUUGUUAUAGGACGGUCAAGCCUCCAUUUGACCACAUCCUUGUUCGGGAAAACAUAUUUCUUUCAGGUGCUGAAAUUCCCUGGAGGAAUUACAAUUACUCCCGAACAAAGGGCCUUUCUUUUGCAGAAGGCGGGUGCACUUUUUAAUUUCACCUUAAACUUCUCCAUCGAGAAAGUGCAAGAAAACUUAGCUGAGCUGAAGGCUCAGAUGAAAUCUGGUUUACUUCUCAAUCCAUACGAGAAUCUGUAUGUAAGUUUAACAAAUAUAAAGGGUUCAACAGUUGCUCCUCCAACAGUUGUUCAGGCAUCUGUUGUGCUUGCUGUUGGGAAUAGACCACCUUCAGAACCACGAUUAAGGCAGCUGGCACAAACAAUUAGAUCUGAUGGCAAUCAUGGAAACCUUGGCCUUAAUCACACGGUGUUUGGUAGGGUAAAGCAAAUACAACUUUCGUCUUCUCUAAAACAUUCUCUCAAUGGUGGAGGCAAUGGCAUAUCCAUACCACCUAGCCCCGCUCCUCAACCUCAAGUUGACCAUCACCACCAUCAUCACCCUUACCCCCAUCGCCAUCACCACCAUCACUCUAAUAUGGAUCUGGCUCCUGCACCUACUCCUCAGCACAUGUACAAAUCUCCAGCCCCAUGUGGGUGCCACUCUGCAUUUCCAAACAAACCCAAGUGCAACUCUCACAUAGUUCCUGCUGCUGCACCUGUGGAUUCUCCGAAGAGCUCACUGACCCCAGCUGCAAAUGAAUAUCCACCUGCACUUCCUCCAGUUGAAGACCCAUCUGCUCCUUCUCCGGUUGAAGAUACACCAACUCCAGCACCUCACUCGUUCCACACACCUUUGCCGCACUUUGUUCUUGCUCAUGCACGAGCUCCAAGUAAGAGUGCAACGGAGACUAAGCCUCCUGACAAACUUCCGGCCUUUUCACCUUCUCCAUCUUCGUCUUCCAUGGCUGGUCAGCCCUUUGCUGUUUCUUGGGUCUUUGUUGCCACCCUAUAUUUGCUAGCACAUUUUUGAUUAACAGGAAAAAGAGGAAACAUUUUGUUUUCUGAACUCAAAAAAGCUGAGUCAGCUCUGAAGGAAAAGCACAUGUCCCCCCUUAUUCGCAGUGUUGUAUUAAGAUAACUCAAGAAAGUUUACGAGUGAUGCCCGUUAAAAAGAACAGCGCGUCCCGAGUUAAGGUGGUAACUAUAACAUAUGUAAAUAUGGAUACAAUGUUGUUGCCAGCAUGUGUUUUGAGGUCAAAGCCACAGAGGUGGCAGGCCCCUUGUUGUUAACAUGCAUCUCUCCUCGUUGUUUCUUAUGUAUUAUUCUGUGAAAUCAAAGAUUAUACAAGAAAAUGUUUAUUAUCACCCACAAUAAGGGUGGUGCCUCCUCCCUCAACUAUUUUGUUUCAUCGAACACGGUGCUGCUGCUUUGUGUGUUGAUUUCUAAUUUUCGUGCUGCUGCUUUGU